UAUCUGUCGCCAUUUUGCAAGAAUGUCAGCCAAAUCAUCAGCUCGCGUUCAAUGUUAAUUUUUAUGUUAUUCUACGUGCAAAUACAGUGAUUUUGGUUUUUGAUACAUCUGCAUAAGUUCUUUUAUUAAAAAUGGAUCGUUUCAUCAGUAUGUGGAAGGUUCGGGAGUUGGCGGAUAAAGUCACAAAUGUAGUUAUGAACUACACAGAGGUCGAAGGCAAGGUCCGCGAGGCCACGUCCGACGAGGCCUGGGGUCCCACAGGCCAGCAGAUGCAGGAGCUGGCCCUAGCCACGUUCACGUACGAGCACUUCCCCGAGGUCAUGUCGAUGCUGUGGCGCCGCAUGCUGCACGACAACCGGGCGCACUGGCGCCGCACCUACAAGUGCCUGCUUCUACUAAGCUACCUGGUACGCAACGGCUCCGAGCGCGUGGUGACGUCAGCGCGGGAACACAUCUACGACCUGCGCUCGCUGGAGAACUACACAUACGUCGACGAUAUCGGCAAGGAUCAGGGUAUAAACGUGAGGCACAAAGUGCGAGAGCUCAUCGACUUCAUACAGGACGACGAAAAACUUCGCGAGGAAAGGAAAAAGGCGAAGAAAAACAAAGACAAAUACAUCGGCAUGUCUUCGGAAGCGGCCGUGAUGGGAACCCGCGGCUCGGGCGGCUGGGGCGAGUACAGCGACCGCUCGGGAUCCAACUGGGAUGAGCCCAAAGAACGGAGAGAGGAUGAAGACGACUACGAGAGAGAAGACUCAGACGGCGAGUACGGACACAGGAAACCUAACAAAGAGAACGUAUACCGCGACGCAGAAGUAGUAUCAACUAGUCCGGCGCGGCGCUCGCCCGACGCGGCGCGUUCCCUCAACAUCAGCCUCAAGAGUCCCGCCAAGGCCAAGCCCACCACGCCUGUCAAGAAGAUCGAUCUGGGUGCAGCAGCGACAUACGGCAAGACCGCUCCGACGCCGGCACCAACUCCCGCCACCAACAACUCGCAGGAACUAAUCGACGACCUGUUCAAGACUUGUGCGCCUACGCCGAGCAGUGGCAGCGCGUCGCUAGUGCUAGAAGAUGACUUUGACCCGAGUGGGAGGGAGGAAAACUUUAACUCACAGUACGUGGGCGGGAAGACGACUUUGACCAUAGUUGCACCAACUCCCGCCACCAACAACUCGCAGGAACUAAUCGACGACCUGUUCAAGACUUGUGCGCCUACGCCGAGCAGUGGGAGCGCGUCGCUAGUGCUGGAAGACGACUUUGACCCGAGAGCGGGCGAGCCAAAACCAGCGCCCAAAGACAACAGCGACUUUGGCGAGUUCACAGACGCGUUCGGAGCGCCGCCAGACUCCAACGAUGGCUUCGCGGACUUCUCAAGCGCAUUCACCAGCGCCCCAGCCCCUAAUCCAGCCCCCCUAUCAAUGGGGGCAGCCCCAUUAUCGAUGGGGGCGGCCCCAUUAUCCAUGGGGGCGGCGCCAUUAUCGAUGGGGGCGCCUCUUUCGCUCGGAACGCCGAUGUCAAUGAACACAGCCAACUUGAUAUCGGUGAACGCGCCCAGUUUGCAGCCGAUGUCUAUGCCUGUACAGAAUUCUGCGGCGUCGAACCUGGACCUCCUGAGCGAUCUGUCCACGCCACCGCUAGCGCCAACGCUCAGCCCAUUAGAAGCGGCGCCUGCGCAGCUUGCCGCUGCGCUGCCGCCCGCGCCCGGUCAGUAA